GCCCGAUAGCCCACCUCGCACAUGAAUGCGCGGGUUCGCCAUCGGGGGCCCGUCGCCGAUACAUGGGCGAUGUAUCGCUGAUUCAAGGCGAACGUUUCCCCUUCUGAGCCGGCCCCGCCUGACGGUCCUCGUCAGUCAGAUGCUGCAGGGGGCAUGGCCUCUGAAGAGCCCGUUCCUUCCGAUCAGCACGGCCUCCUUCGCAAAAGGCUGCCGCCCUCCGUAUCCAUUUUGGUUCAAGUUUUCAGCAUCGCAGCGCGCACCUCCCAGUCUUGAGCGAGCUGCAGCCAAUCCACCGGAAUGGCGUCGCCCCGCUCUGCCAUCCUGACCGCGUCCGUGCUGCUCGCGUGCACCGCCCUGAUGGCCGCCUUCGUGCCCUCGCCCGUGGCGUCCCGCCCCGCGGCGCAGGCCGUGCCGGCGGCAGCGCUCAGCGCGGCGGCGAUCGCGGCGCCCACCGCGGCCUACGCGGAGGAGGGCUCGAGCGUGUGGAUCCCGGCGCUGUCUGCCGUGGGCGCGGGGUUCGCCAUCGGCCUCGCCGCCAUCGGGUCGGGCGUCGGCCAGGGCAUCGCCUCCGGCCGCUGCAUCGACGGCAUCAGCCGCCAGCCCGAAGUCGCCGACGAUCUCCGCGGUGUUCUGCUCCUCUCCCUCGCCUUCAUGGAGUCGCUGACGAUCUACGGGCUCGUCAUUGCGCUGGUGCUGCUCUUCGCCAACCCGCUGAUCAAGUAGGCCGAGGUUCCGGGAUCAGCGGUGAGUCGGAUGCCUCCCUCUCUGAGGGCGGGACAGUUUGGUAAGGCUCCGCGGAUGUUUGUUGUGGCGGGGCAAAAAAUCAAGGCUGCCGCCCGUCGCACUGUACCGCUUCGGCGCGCCCGCGCUCUGGGCCUCGCAGCCUGGGCUCGGAGGGCUCUCCGGGGAUCGCCGAAUGGCGCGGUGACUACACCGUGCGGUGAGUCAAGGGGGAUUCGGGCGCUCUCUUCCGACGCCAUGAUUUUUCCGAUCCAGGCGUUUGGCUUCGGCCCCUGGGGCCCAAUCUCGGGCCCCAGGGCCGUCGACAAAUGUACCUAGGACGGAAAGCUACCCCGGGGGAAGCGAUCGGAGGCCCCCAAAC